AUGUCGCUGGCGCCAGCACCAGUAGUUCCAGCGGCGACCGGCCCGGCCCACCUGUACAGCCUACACACCAGCGUAGGCUUCCAUCUGUCGACGGAGACGGCCGUGCUCGCCACACUACUCCAGCGCAGCCGCGCCCAGCACCGGUCGCAGCUCUUCCUGCGGCACCUCGUCGGCGCGGUCCGCCUGGCACGGCGCGUGGGCGCCGCCUUCGGCGCCGACGACAAGGCGGCGCUGGCCACCCUCGUGCCCGUCUUCGUAGCCAACCUCGUCAAAGCGGCCGCGGCGACGCGCCGCAUGGUGCAGCUGCACCACUUCAUGCCGCUGCAGACGGUGCUCCUCGCGUCCUAUGCGCGGCUGUACGCCGUCGCGCUGGGCCUGGGGCGCAGCGUGGGCCUGGACGACGCGGUGCUGGGUCUUGGCGGCAAGCAGACGCCCGUCCCUGCUGCUGCCGUUGUCGUGCCCGCGCUCAUUGGGGACCUCGACGUCGCCGAGCUCGGCGAGCGUGUCGAGCGCUCGGCCGCAGCGAGCCCCAAGCGUCCCCGCGAGGACGGCAGCGCGACGCCCAAGCCCAAGACUGUCGCCGACCGCGCAGAGAGCAGGGACACGACGAUCGCCUCGGCGUCGGCGUCGCCGCGCCCAGUGCUGCCCCCCAAGAAGCCCAAGCAAUCAGUCGACGGCGAGCCAAUACCCAAGAAGCCCAAGGGCGUCGCUGCCGACGACGCGCCCAAAGUCAAGAAGCCGAAGCUCGACGACAGCCUCAAGAAGCCCAAAGCCGACGAUAUGGGCGUCAAGAAGCCCAAGCCCACGGCCGUUGUCGGCGAGGACCUCGUGCCCAAGGCCAAGAAGCCAAAAGCCGAGGCUGGAGCCAAGGCGGCAGUGGGCAGCCCAAAGCCCGACAUGCCCACGCCCAAGGCCAAGAAGCCCAAACCCGACGCAGCGCCCACGCCCAAGCUCAAGACCAAGAAGAAGAAGCGCGAUGCCAUGGACGACAUCUUUGGGUUCUAAUCCCAUGGCACACGCGCGGCGCACGUACAACACUGUAGCAUCUACUGUAGCACUAUUGUAUACAACAUGGCAUCAUUUGAGCAUUAGAUGGCAGAAGGAAUGGCAAGCAAGACAAGUACAGCCAGUAGCCGGUGGGUGGUGGCUUGGGGCUUGAGUUGGGGGCUUGGUGGCGAUGAGGCCGUGUGGGGUGGGCGGGCGGUGCUCACAAGACACGGGAAUGGGUGGGUGUCGUCGAACGCCGCCUUGUUCUUGCUCAUUGUCCCACUACCCUACUCCCCCGGCACACCGACACGCAGCUCGUCCCAAGCACCGACGACCUCGGCGGCCGUGGGGCGCGUGCUCGCGACGGGAUCGAGCAUGGCGCGGAGGACGUCGCGCACGUCGUCCGGCACGCGGGUCGGCGGCGAGCCGAGGAAGAACAUGGCCGGCGCACCGUCCUCGUACGCUGCGGCGUCGGGUGGCGGCACCACGGCUACGGCGACGGGCGCGUCGAGC